AUGCAUCAACCAUUGAAAGCCUGGUUUUACUUACUCUCUGAAUUCCUAAAUUUAAUAUGUCUCUCUCAAAACAUUAAAGAAAACGUCUCUCAGACCUGUUUAAUGAAGAUACCUGCGUUCAAGUCAUCCACUAUUAGAAACGUUAUUAGACACCUGGUGUUAUAUGCACACCAACAUCUACACUUAUCCAUCCAUCAUCAUCAUCUCCUGCACAUAAUCCAAGUCAACAUGUCUUCUUCUUUUCUCCGUUCGUGGCUGGCCCCAGCAGAUACAUGGACGCUUUCUUUGCGGCGUUUCGAAGGCGCCUCUGGCGCUGCCAUAGCUGUAUCCACAAGCAGCGGCGGCUUAACGCUUCUUUCCGCGGAGUUAAGCCCAGUUGGAAGUAUUUCCGCCCAUGAAGCCAGCAUCUCCGGCAUCACCAAAGUGGACGAGCUGACGCUUGCGUCGUCCUCUUCAGAUGGCGUGAAGGUAUGGGACUUGAGACAGGCCAGUUCGAAGCCGCAGUUUUCGCUCAGCAGCGCCCGCAAAUCCAAUUUUUUGUCGAUUGCCUGUUCAGGCACCACGCUAGCAGCCGGAACAGAGUUGGCGGGCCAAGACGCAGAGCUCUAUGUUUGGGACUUGCGCAACACGGAGUCGCCUUUGCGCUUGUUUGCCGACUCCCACCACGACGAUAUCUCCAGCGUCAAUUUCCACCAAAGCUUACCGUAUGUGGUGUCUGGAUGCACAGACGGGAAUGUUCUUGUGCAGAAACUCGACGAACCUGACGAGGACGAGGCAUUGCACCAGGUGAUUCCGUUUGCAUCGGUGCAUUCGUGCUCUUUUCUGAAGCCCAACCGUAUUUCCGUACUUUCGCAUAUGGAGACACUUGCGUUCUUCGAACUCAACAGCACAGACUAUGAGACGCACGAGGAGCCUCCUGCUCACGAAUUGGGCGACGUACGCGCUAUUUGGCCCGACUGCGAGUAUGUGGUGGACAUUUACCAAGACUACGCAGCGUUUGGGGCCAAUCUGCGCAAUUCGCUUAGUAUUGUGCCUUUUGAUGCGGCGACAGAAAAGUUUGAUCUUGGACGGCGCGUGGCUUUUCCAGAUGCACAUGGCUCGGAGGUGGUUCGUGACGUUCUUCUUUGGGGCGAAACGGUAUAUUCUGCUGGUGAAGAUGGCCUAGUCAAGGCUUGGAGGAUGCCGGAAGACACAGAAGACAAAGAGACAAAGAACCGGGAUAAAAAGAGAAAGGAACAGGAGAAGCACCGCAGGAAACAAGGACUCAGAAGCAAGAACGGUGAGAAACGCGAGAAACUGGAUCGUAAAGCCAACCGCUUCAAGCCAUACUAG